UUUUUUGGAAGACGGUCAAUUUCUGAAAGCCACAGGCCGUCGACGUUCAAGAUGGCCGCAAGAUCCUUGCUCCGCAUGAGCCUCUGGCAGCAGUCGCUCAAUCGGCUGCCGCACACGUCGCAGAACACGCUCAUGGUGUCCGAGCACCACCUCGGCGCAAGCCUCCGCAGCGGCGGCCUCCUCGGUCCGCGCCGCAACUUUUUCAGCUUCUCGCGCUCGGGCAACAACAAAAAGCUCCUGAAGCGCAUGGAGCAGGACGCGAACGCGUACCCAGAGGAUGCGCAGCGCCAGCUCAAGUUUUUGCAAGCGCUCAACAAAGACUACCCGUCGCUUGUGAUCCGCCGCGUCGAGGAAGGCCGCUUUGUGCUCUCGCAGGAAGCGUACCGAGAGUACAUCAAGGCGCUCGUGGCGACGAACCGCAUCGACUCGAUGGACACCAACAUGCUCUUCUCGCGCAUGCAAGCUGCUGCGCCGCUGAACCCGCUCGCCGCUCCUUCGAGCUUUGCCAGCCUCGGUGCUGUCUCGAUGGCCUCGGACAUGGCGUCGUCAUCAGCCGUCGGCUCGACGGGCCUCUCCCCGAUCAAGCCUAUGUAUGUCUCGAUGGUCGAUGGUGGGUUCAAGAAGAACAUGUGGCGUACGGCCCGCGUUAUCGCGCUUGGCUUUAUGGCCAUCUCGGCGAUGACGGCGCUCAUUGAAGAGAAGGGCCUUGGCGGUGUCGGCGUCAAGUCCAAGGUCACAGCCGCCAUUGGUAGCGACAAAAAGUUUUCCGACGUCAAGGGCGUUGACGAAGCCAAGGAGGAACUGGAGGAAAUCGUGCAGUACCUCAAGGACCCAGACAAAUUCACGCGCUUGGGCGGCAACUUGCCAAAGGGCGUUCUCCUUAUGGGCCCGCCCGGUACGGGCAAGACGCUCUUGGCCCGCGCGAUUGCCGGCGAGGCAGGCGUCCCGUUCUUCUACUCGUCGGGCGCCGAAUUUGAGGAAAUGUACGUCGGUGUCGGCGCCCGCCGCGUCCGCGACCUCUUCGACGCGGCCAAGAAGAAGGGUCCAUGCAUUGUCUUUAUCGACGAAAUCGAUGCGAUCGGUGGUACACGCCAUCUCAAGGAGCAGUCGGCGCUCAAGAUGACGUUGAACCAGCUUCUCGUGGAGAUGGACGGCUUCGACCAGAACAAAGGCAUCAUAGUAAUUGGCGCGACCAACUUUCCCGAGUCGCUCGACAGCGCCUUGACGCGCCCGGGUCGCUUUGACCGUCAUGUGACGGUGCCGCUGCCCGACAUUGCUGGUCGCCGCGACAUUUUGGAGCUCUACACCAAGAAGAUUCCGCUUGGGAACGACGUGGAUCUCAACAUCCUCGCGCGCGCGACGCCGGGCAUGUCGGGCGCUGAGCUCUCCAACCUCGUGAACGAAGCGACACUCCGGUCGUCGUUCCUCAACAAGACGGUCGUGGAUAUGGCGGCUUUUGAGUUUGCAAAGGACAAGAUCCUCAUGGGCGCCGAGCGCAAGUCGGCGCUCAUCUCGCCCGAGUCGGCGCGCCUCACCGCGUAUCACGAAGGCGGCCACGCGCUCGUCGCGAUGAAGACACCGGGUGCGCACCCGGUGUACAAGGCGACGAUCAUGCCCCGCGGCAAUGCGCUCGGCAUGGUAUCGCAGCUGCCCGAAGACGACCAGACGAGUAUCACGCGCAAGCAGCUUCUCGCGCGCCUUGAUGUGUGCAUGGGCGGUCGCGUUGCCGAGGAAAUGGUCUUUGGGAAGGACGAAAUCACGGGUGGCGCGUCUUCGGACAUUCAGCAAGCGACGCGCUUGGCCCACCUCAUGGUGACCAAGUAUGGCAUGAGCGACGAGGUUGGCAUUGUCUUUCACGACCUCAAGGACAGCGACACGUCGCCAGCGACCCGUACGCUCAUUGACCAAGAGGUCCGGAAGCUCUGCGACGCGUCGUACAAGCGCGCGACGAUGAUCCUCCAGCGCCACCGCACCGACUUGGAGACAAUCGCCAAGGCGCUCCUCGAGUACGAGACGCUGUCAGGACCCGAGAUCAAGCAGCUGCUCAAGGGCGAGAAGCUCGCCCGCGCGACGCCGCCGACGUCGCGUGUCCAGAAAGCCCCGUAG